AUCUUGCUUCUCGCUCCUCUCUCUCUCUCUCUCUCUCUCUCUCUCUCUCUCUCUCUCUCUCGCAAUUUGAUUCACUCUCGAUUUGUGUGUAUUUAUUUUCGGUGUGUUUUAUUUCGCUUCGUUUUUCCAUCAAUUUUUUUUUCAUUUCGCGCAAUUUGUGUCGUCACACAUAAUCGACUCAAUAGUAAUAAUAUUGCGAUCAGUGUGCACUUUUUUUUCGUGUGCAUGUGAAUUCGAUGUAUUGCGUUUGUUUGCAAUGCAAACUUUGCAUAGAAUAAAAAAAAAAUCGUAUAUCCGAAUCGAAAAUAUCGAAAUUAUGAGUGCAAUUGGUGGAUUUUGGAGCUUUUGAUUUGUUCGUUGUUGUAAUGGAAUUAAUUGCGCCGGGAGAGGGGAGUUUUUUCUUCGAUUCAUUGAAUGAAAUUCAAUAUUGUAAUGAACAAAAGAAAAAAAAAAGUUCAAUAGUUCAUUCCGAACAUUUGCAAAUUCUGUAUUCAUAUCAAACUGGAACAAAACAACGACGACGGCAGAAAAAGGAAAAAGAAAAAAGAACAAUCACUUCAUAUCAUUGUCAAUUAGUGUUGUGGUUUACUCUUUCAUUAUUUCCUUCAAAAUUCGAAAUGUCAAUAAUAAUGUGUUGUUGCAAAUGACACACAUACACACACUCGUCGAAAAUCCACUUCAGUGCAAUUAAUAAAUAAGCCUUCUUCAUUAUAAUUGUGGUCGUUGUUGUUGUUAUUGUGUAUUGCUCGAAUGACGGUGACGACGACAACGGCGGCGUCGAUAAAAUUUUAUCAGUCAUUUUAUCAAAGUGACACACAGUAUUCAACAAUUGAAUACUUGACACCGUGUCACACAUUCACACGUGCCAAUCGUGUAAAUAUGCUAAUUACUGAAUACCAUUGUACUUCAUUUCAAUUUAGCUUUUCGUGUAUGGUUUUGCUUAUCUGUUUCGAUGUAACGUGUUCCAUAUCACAUGCCAUACGUCGAUGAGAAUAUUCCAGCAACGUCCUUGCUUUUCCAUUCUGUUUACUUGAUCGUUGAGUUGAGUUACAGAAAACAUUAACUAUUCGAGAUUCUCUUCCGCUGAUGCGCGCAAGUUGUUCCUUGUUGCUUGUUUUUUUUUUCUUUAAUCUGAAACGGAUGAAUUCAGAUCAUCGUGAUGUGAUAAUGAACACAACAACAGCUACAACAAAAUAUUAACCAAUAAAAGUGAAAUAGGAAAUAUUACAUAAACAACAACAACAACAGCGACAGAUAUAUCAUCGGAGUGUAAAGUGUAUGGUUGGACAGGACACAACGGUGAUUAUCAAUGAACGCGACAAUCUCAUAAAACUCAUUGUUAUCGGAGCUGAGAAGUAGUGUAAAUAGAAACAACUACGUGCCACAUAAUUGAUAGCUUGAUAGAAAGGAACCUGCAAAACGAAGAAAAUAAUUUCUUGAAUUCAAAAUAGCCUGCAUCCGUUACGCCAAGCCCGUGCACCUAGCCAGACCCAACAAUGACAAGAAAUUGUAAAUGCCCACACUUGGAUAACACUAUUUUGCAACUUUCUCUGUCGGAAUUGUGCAGACUGAAGCAGGGCGUGCCAUGUACACAAUGUGACGUUAGCGGACCGAAUCUAUGGAUAUGCCUAACAAAAACUUGCCUGCACAUUGGCUGCUCAGAAAAUUAUAAUGAUCACAGUACAAUCCAUUACAAACACAAUCCUAGUCACUGUAUUCACAUGAACCAAUCGUCACAACGGAUUUGGUGUUACAAAUGUGAAAUGGAAGUGUUCAUCAUCAAUCAUGGCUACAGUGAGACAAAAUCGAAUCGACGUCAAACCAUCGACUCGGAUGAUCAUUUAAAUUCGGAAAUAUCGCGCAUGAUAAUUCGCAAUGAUUUUGGCUAUGGCAUGACCAACAACAGUGAUGGCAUCGACAGCAGUGCAGACGAUGAAGGCGAUCCUGAUCAAAGCUACUACACAUCAUCCAGUGGAUUGGUUGGGCUACAAAACAUUGCAAAUACGUGCUAUAUGAACGCUGCACUGCAGGCACUCUCGAAUACACCACCAUUGACGGGAUACUUUUUGGAGUGCGGCGACAUUAUAGAGGCUAAUUAUGAAAUGGCCGCACCGACCAGUAGUCAACGCAAAACUGGCCUAGCCAGAAGCUAUUAUCGUUUGGUUAAGGACAUGUGGCUGGGACACAAACGGAAAAACGGUUACAUUACCAGUGCUAGCAAAUUCGGCUACGUCGUACCAAAUGGCAUUUUGUAUGGCAUUCGAAAUGUACAUCCAAUGUUUCGGGGUUUUCAACAGCAUGACACACAAGAAUUUCUGAGAUGUUUUAUGGACCAACUGCAUGAAGAGCUUAAAGAAGUGACACCACCGCCACCAGAUCUGUUAUUAUCCAGCAAACAAAAUAGUUCAUCUGCCAGUUUGUCAUCAAUUUAUUUACAAUCGACCGCCAACACUACCACCACCACCACUGGCAAUUACCUGUCAAUGGGUUCAACCGACGAUGACCGAUCCGGUUGCUCGACACCAUCGCAAUCACAGUCGGAGGCUGAGUACGAAACCUGUGAUAGUGGUGUAUCCGAACAGUCGAGCCUAUCGGAUGAGAUGACAAGUGUUCAUCGAUCAAUACCAAAUACAAUCAAUUCAGCCAAAAUCCAAACGAAUCAAAUGCAAAUGCAAUCAGUGGCCACUGCAUCGAAUUAUUCGCGAUCGCCUAGUCCAACAGCAAGCCAAAGAACCUUUAAAUCGACACAUUCGUCAAUCAAAAGCAAUCGCUCGAAUUCGAUAUCAAGCCUAAAUUCGUUGCAAUUGAAUUCACAACAACAGCAAACCCAACAAGAUCAAGAGCAAUGUGAAAAGAAUGAAUCGACAUCAUCAAAGUUACCCCAUCGAUCGAUCAUAAGCGAUGUGUUCGAUGGAAAAUUAUUGUCGUCCGUUCAAUGUUUAACCUGUGAUCGCGUAUCGACGCGUGAAGAAACAUUCCAAGAUUUAUCAUUGCCAAUACCGGGAAAAGACCAUUUGAAUGUCAUACAUCAGGCCCAAAUGCCACCAUUACCACCGGGCCUUUCACCCGAUGCAGCAUAUCAAGAUGGUUGGUUUUGGUGGUUUUGGCAUUGGGUUCGUUCAUUUUUCUGGGGUCCAGCUGUCACACUGCACGAUUGCAUGUCAGCAUUCUUCAGUGCGGAUGAACUGAAAGGAGACAAUAUGUAUAGCUGUGAAAAAUGCAAUAAACUGCGAAAUGGCAUGAAAUUUUCGCGUGUUCUGGAACUACCUGAAAUGUUAUGUGUUCAUUUGAAACGGUUUCGACAUGAUUUAUCGUACAGUUCAAAGAUAUCGAGUCCGGUGAAUUUCCCAAUGGUUGGAUUGGAUAUGCGACCGUAUUUGCAUAAAGAAUGCAAAUCAAAGGUGUCAACGUAUGAUUUAACAGCGGUAAUAUGUCAUCAUGGUACGGUUGGUGGUGGCCAUUACACCAGUUUUGCAAAGCAUGAAAUGUCGGGCAAAUGGUUUGAAUUUGAUGAUCAAAUUGUUACGGAAGUAUCACCGGAAGUCGUUCAAAAUUGCGAGGCUUAUGUGCUGUUUUAUCGUAAAAGCAAUCCACAAAUGUCAUUGAUUCGUGAUCAUGCCGUUCAAAUUGAGGAGCGAAUCACCGAACAAACGCCUGGCAUUCGAUUCUUUGUAUCGCGCCAAUGGUUGAAUCGAUUUAAAACAUUCGCCGAACCGGGACCAAUCGACAACUGGGCACUGCUAUGUCCACAUGGUGGUCUAUCUCCACGCAAAGCUCGAAUGGCUAGUCAAUUGGUUGUGCCAUUGCCGCAGGCACUGUGGGAUUAUCUGUUUGAGAAAUUUGGCGGUGGACCAGCGUGCAAUCAUUUAUUCGAAUGUGAUAUAUGUCGACAACAAGCCGAUGCCCUGAUACGACGUCAAAAUUUUGAAUUAGAUGAAUUUUCGGCAUACAAAGAUGAGACCACGUCAACCAUUUAUGCCAUUUCAAUGAAUUGGUUCCGGCAAUGGCAAAUGUUUGUGGGUGAUGUGAGCGAAGAAAUUCCCGGACCAAUAAACAACAGUGCAAUCGCAUUGCAAUCCGAUGUGCCGGUGUCACGUGGUGUUAAACCCGGUUCCGAUUAUGCACAAAUCAAUUCAACGCUAUGGAAAUUCUUUUAUAAUAUUUAUGGUGGUGGGCCGGAAAUUAUUUUACGAGGAAAUCCCGAAGAAAAUAUGCGACAACCGAUCGUUCAAUCGGCAACACCAAAUUUGAAUCGAGACCGUGACGAACGUAAUUCAAUAGAUUUAUCAUCAGUAGAUGCUCAAGCAAAUGUUAUGGGCAUUGGCAAAGAAACAAAUCCAGUACCUGUGCAAACACAUAAUCCAAACCCAAACGUAUCGUCAGCCGAUGCACGGAGUACAACAAGUGAUAUCGAUGCAGCAUCGAAAGCAGCUACACAAUUAAACGGCAACGAUCGGGUGAAUGGCCAAGAGCAAGCCGCCACACAUCCAACGACUAGCAAAAAAGUUUCGAAAAAUGUCUCGUUCGAAGAUAAUGACAGCAAUUCAAGUGAUAGAGAGGGAUCGAGCUUGUUUGAGCAAAGCUUUUUCUAUAUACGACGCGGCAAACAUCAUUAUUCAACGAAUCCAGUUUCUGCUCCCAACGAAAUUCUUAGCAAAAAAGAUCGACGACUACGCAGCAUCAAAUCCAAUGGAUUUUUCGGACCCGAAGGCAAAUAUUCAACGAAUAACUGUCCCGAUGACAGUGCGAAUAAUGUAAAUGGAAGCGUCUCAUCAUCGACCGCCGAGGCAAACAAGAAAUUAGACGAAAUUACACCAUUGCUGCAUCAAGCUAGCAUUAGUUCAACGAAUUCACAUGAGCAAGACGAUGAAGCGAAUGCUAGUGCGGUAAAUGGCAGCAAUCGUGGUGGUGCUCACAAAAGCAACUAUCGCAAACGUGUUAAGACGAAAUUAAGCCGAAAAAUAGCCUGAUGACAUGUUCAACCAAUGAAAUGAAUCGUUUGACACCAUCUAAAACUGUAAAACUGUACUUUAUAUUAUUUAAAUCAUUCGUUUCCGGAAACAGGAAGCCAUGUUUCAUCGACCUGAAAUAUUUUGAAUAUUGAAGAAAAGAAAACAAUAUAUUUUCAAAUGAAAA